UUGCAGCUCUAAAAUAUUUGCAACAACAGCGAACCAUAAAUUGCCCAAAUUAGUUAUACACCAAGCCUGGCUGGGCACACAAACUACAUCAAAGCCAUUAAUUUAAAUUGGGGAUUAUGAGCACAGCGGCAACAACAGCAGCAGCAACAACUACAACAACAACACUGAGCACAUGUAUGACAAAUCAAAGAAGAGCUGGAGUCAGCGGCUCAAGCUUAGCAGCGACAGCAAACACGCAACUAUAGCCACAGUUGCCGGCAUGCAGGCGAUGCAGCUGCAACAGCUGCAGCAGCAGCAGCAACAUCACCAGCAGCAGCAUCAGCAGCACUUGCUGCAGCAGCAUCAUCAUCAUCACUUGCAACAUUUAGCGUAUCAGCUGCCGCCGCCGCCAGCUGCACCACCGCCUGGCUAUGAGUUCUUGCCCAGCGCGUUGUCGCGCUCCAUGAAGUACGCAGAGCCCUGGAUCUAUGGCACUGUGCGUGGCAUACCCGCGCGCCACUCCUACGGCUAUGGCCAUCCGCAUGCAGCGGCCAUUUUCGCUGCAGAGAACGGGGGCGAGCAUCAGGGCCAGGCCACCGCGCUGGCAAUUGUGAUCUGUUCGUGCGUGGAGUAUUUGAACGGCACCAAACGUGAUGUGAAGAAGGCGAGCGUGUGCAAGAAGUGCAAAGGCUCGCGCCUGCCGCUGGCCACAAUUGGCGCGGGCGGCACGUUGCGUCUGCCAGCGCCAGCAGCUGCCAGUGCCGCCACGUCGCUGAGGCAGCGACCCAUGGCAGCCACGAUGCGUGUAGUAAGCGCCAGCAAAAAGUCACGUCCGACGAUUUUGGAUCCACAAAAGGAUCCCUACGACCUGAUGCGACGCACGCGUUUGCUAUCGCCCGAGCCCAGCGCCGAAUCGAGCACAACAGCCGGCGCUAAGGAUGCCAAGUCACGUCCAGCAGCUAACACAGCCAGCAACAUGCAACGCGGACGCAGUCGCACGCGUGCGCCAGCGCCAGCGCCUGCAGUGAAGCAGCCAAGCAGCAAAGCAGCAACGCCCACGCCCGAGCCCGCCGACUGUUGGCUGAUGGAGGACAACGAGUCGCUGCUGCAGUGCAGCGGUUUGGUUAGCAGCAGCAGCGGCAGCAACUCACGUCGCUCCAUACUGCGCUGCAAUGUGAAUCCUUACGAGCUGAUCUCAGUCGAAAGCGCUAAGCAGACGACAGCCAAGGCUAAAGCCAAAGCCAAAGCUACCAACGAUGAUGAUGACUUUGAUGUGGCCGAUGCGCAGCUGGCGGAGGACGAGCCGCUUGAGGAUGCAAGCGCAUUUUACAACAACAACAAAGUGGCUGCAAUUGCAGGCCAGCGCAUUAGCCUUGGACGCGAGGAGCAGCAACAUAGCGAACUUACUGACAGCAGCGAUAACUAUGAGCGCAUUGUUAUUGCAGUGGAGACAGCAACACCCACGCCAGCAACGGCAACAGCUAAGCCUAUGCCACGCAGCAAGAAAUGCAUUGAGCCGCUAAAUCUAACGCCUGCAACUGCAACUGUUGCUGCUGUCGAUGGUGCAGCAACUGUUGUUGCUGACUAUACAAUGCUCACUGUAACGCCCACAACACCGAGCAUCAAAUCCAUACUGAAGCGUCCAACAACGCUGGAGUUGCCCGCUGCAAAUUUACCAAUUGCUGAUAAUGCAGCAACCACAGCAACAGCAGCCACACCGCUAACGCCUUCGGGCAAUUCACAGUUCUAUAUACCAACGCCAACGGCAUCAGCUGUCAGCACGCCCACGUCGGGGCUGGGGAGUGCACGCAAAAAAGUGCAAUUUAUGGUGGAGGAUAAAAUUAUAGCCAUUGCUGCUGCUGCGACGGCGACAACUGAUGACAGCGAUGAUGUUGCUGCUGUAACUGAAGAGACAACAACAGCAGCAGUAACUGCCAACUAUGAGUACUACGAACGCAAGCGCAAUGCAGCCGCACAGCAGGAGUUGGCACAGCAGCAGCAACAAGAACAACAGCAACUGCCAACAUUGUUAGCGCUUGCAACUGACGUUGAUGAUGAGCAUAACUUUACAGCUUCCGUUCCAGCGGCAGAGACAACGACAACGACAACGACAACACUGUCCACGCAUUAUGAAGAUGUGCUGCCGACUGUGCAUCAAAUAUUUGACAAUAGCAACGGCAGCAGCAGCAGCAGCAAUUCGGCAACUGAUGUUAGUCAAGUUGCAGCAAUUUCGGCAAACUCCAUAGCUGCUGAUGCUGCUAGCGCCAAAUUAUUAUUGUCGCCGCUGAGCUCGAGUCAUGCUGGGUCAACAGCAACAACAACCCAAACAGGAGCAACCCAACCGCAUGUGACUGCAAAUGUUGUCAGCGCUUUAGCGUCGGGCACAACAACAACAGCAGCAGCAACAGCCGCAGCAGCAGCGGCGUCAGCCCAAAAGACGACAGCAGCAAAUCGCGAUUAUGACGAUGAUGACGAGCACAACGAAAGCAGCAGCAGCAAUAGCAACAGCAACAAUGACGGCGACGACGACAAGGAGCAGCAGCAGCAACAGACGGAGGAUAAGAAACAGCAGCAGCAGCAGCUUGAAGACGAAACGAAAGUAAGCGGCAAGACACAGAUGAAGGAGCUGGAGUUGGAGCAAAGAGCCAAGCCGCGGGCAAGUCAAAAGCGUGCAGCACAAGCGACACAAUCGCGAAAUCCCAUCAGACGCGCGCACAGUGAAAGGCAUUUGUCUGCCAGCGAGACGACGAGGCCGCUGCCUGGACAGCCGCAGCUGAAGAGGAGCGAGAAGAGGCAGGAGGAUGAGGAGUCGCCACAGACUGUCAUUUUAAAUUUUAAGGACACAAUGGCGCUGCGCAUAAAAAGUAACCGCAACGACUCGAGAGAUUUAUUUCAAAAGCGACCCACAGAGCCUCCACCGCCGCCACCAGCAACAGCAGCAGCAACAGCAACAGCAAAGCAAGCAGCAGCAACCACAAACGGAUUAGCAGAGCAACCAAAGCCGCAGCAAAUCAAUAAGUCAAGCCAGCAGCAGCAGCAACAACAACGCACCGUAGUGCGAGUGGCGCCCUUUAACAAGAGCAGCGAGGUGCAUCGCCUGAAGAUAUCGCACAGUGAGGCAACAGCCGCUGAGCUGCAGUCGGAGCACAAUGUGGUCUUGAGGUGUGCCAGUGAUAGACGUCGCGAGGAGCAGGAUGUGGCGCCCAAGAAGACAUCGAUAUUGAUUAACGGCGACGAUUGUUACUCAACCAUGAAUCUCAGCGCCGAUGCAGCGCAACCUUUGUACCAAUCCUCGGUGGUGGUGAAUAGCCAAAGCAGCACCAGCGUUUGCAUCAACGUCAGCGGCAGCGCCGAGGAGCGCGCGCAUAAUCUGCUCAACAGUCAGCUGGGCGCGAUUAUUCCCAUACGCAGCAGCGAACCGAAUGGCGUGAACUUGCAGCGCUCAGCGAGCUGCAACUCGAGCAGCUCCAGCAACUCCACGGCCAGCAGCAACAGCUCAAGCGGACGCGCACGCACGCUCAUCAGACUGGACUUUGAUGGCAAGCAGCAAACGGGCAGCAGCAAGUUAACCAGCAGCACGCCCAUAAAUACGCCCAGCAUAAGCGCAACGCCUGCCACGCCCUGCGCCAGCCCUACGCCGCCUUUAGUGGCGCAUGAGUCGGAGCUGCUGAAGAUUCUGCGCAAUCCGGUCGAAGCUGUGAAGCUCAAUCUAGUGCCGCAUGUUUGCGCGCUGGCCAAGCCGCCGCUGGAGUCCAGUUUCAUAGCCAAGCUGCUGCUGGAUCCCAUGCUGGCUCAACUGGCCGAUGGCCUGGAGACCGAUACUGUAGCUGAGCUUAUCGAACAUUCGCUGCAGCGUUUGCAGCAGACGCGCCAGGGCGUGGACAUGAGCGGCACCAAAGAUCACGACGAUAUGAAUCGUUUGAUUAACGUUUCGCUGCAGCGCGUGCGUCUUGAGCGGCACAGCAGCACCAAAGAGGAGGAUCGACUGUCGCAGCGCGGCAGCAUUAGUUCCGCCAAUAGCUUUGCCUCCGCCCACAACUACGAGCUGUUUGACUUUGAGGCCAAUGCUAAUGAAUCCGAUUGCUAUCAGAGCUGCUCGAGUGAGCUCACAGCAGCGGGCACAAUCGAAGAGGAGCAGCAGGUGAAGCCAGCGGAAACAGAUGCAGGCACGCGCGCCAAGUUCUAUCAGCUGCUGGUGGAUGCUACGCUGGCGGAGAUUGAGCAGUCAGCGCAUGUGGAGGCGGAGCAUCAUUAUGAAUCCAUCAGACACAAUGGCGAUCCCAUUUAUGAGGAAAUCAAUGAAGUGCCGCCGCCGCUGCCGCUAACAGCGCCGCCGCUUAACGAUGCUGAGCUGGAUAAAAAGUCGGCGCGUUCUAUAUUCGAAGGCGCCAGUAAAUACGACAUAUUGUCCUAUUUAGUGGACGCCAAGGAGCGUGGACUGGCACGCGAAGAAAGCUUCGACUAUAGCAACAAUCCCAAGAUUAUCGAAGAGGAAGCCAGCGAUACGCUAAGCGAGCUGGACAAGCGUGUCAGCUGCAUCUCAGAUGAGGGGCACAGCAAUAUGCACUCGCUAUCGCCACCACCGCAUAAUUUCAUCUGCGGCAAGAGCGGCAGCGAUGUGGAGCGUCAAGACUCCGGCGUGGGCUCGGAGACAAGCAAAAGCUCACGCAGCAAGUAUCAGCCGGCUGUGAGUCCUUUGCAUCUGUGCGAGGAUUGCGAUGGCGCUGUGGAGACGCAGCUAAGCGAGACGGGCGUGCUGUUCGCUCCGCUUGUGUGUCGCAAGUGCGGCAAGAAGCGCGUGGAGCGCAAGGAAAUCAUUACCGAGAUUGUGGAAACGGAGGAGAAAUACGGACGCGAUUUGCAAAUUAUAUUGGAGGAGUUCUGCCAUCCCAUGCUGGUGGCUGGCUUGCUGACGCAGGAGCAGCUCUCUGCAAUCUUCUUGAACACGGAAGACUUGCUCGAGAACAAUCAAACGCUGGCCGAGCGCAUGCGGGACGCUUUGGAUAUAGCACUGGAGCAGGGUGACGAUGAUCUGUUGACCGUGAACAUUGGACGCAUCUUUCUGGACUUUACGCAAAUGCUGCACGCCUUUGAGAGCUACUGUGUGCGCCAGGCGGGCGCCAGUCUGCUGCUGGCCAAUCUCGAAAAGGAGAAGGAGCUGCUGCGCAUUUUCCUGAAAGUCUCGCAAAUGGAGAACGCCGUGCUGCGUCGCAUGAAUCUCAACUCCUUUUUGAUGGUGCCCGUGCAACGAGUGACCAAAUAUCCUUUGCUGCUGGCUCGGCUUUAUAAGGUGACGCCUGCACAUUUGGAUGGGCGUGAGCUGCUGAAGCAGGCACAGGAGAAAAUUGAAUUGCAUUUGAAUCACAUCAACCAGGAGGCCAAGGAUGUGCCCACCAAGCUCUGGCGCCGCAUCAGCAGCUCCAGCCCCAAUCGACGCGCAUCCUGCGAAAUUGAUAUGAUAAACAUCAAGCUGCGCAAAAUGGCCAUCGACAUACUCGAAUGGAAUCAUGAUGAGGUGCGCUUUGCCAUGGAAGGCAAACUGCUGCUCACUCAGCCCACCGACAGCAACUGGAAGAAGGCGCGCACUAUCAAACUGACGCCCGUCAAUGCGCUGCUCGUGACCAAUGGCAAGCCAAGUGCCAAUUAUAGGGCAGAGAAGGCCAUGUCGGAUAAACUGAAUUUCCCGAAGCACACGGGCAUACGAGAGGCCUCGCUGCUGCUGGUGAAGGAGAAAUGCGGACGCUAUACGCUGAUACGGGAGCCAUUAUAUCUGGACAGAUGUGUUGUGUGCAGCGAAGCGGAUUGGGAUGAUUAUUUCGAAGUGCAGGAAAUUUCAUCGAAGGACACAUUCAUAUUCAAAGCUGAGGAUGGCGUACGCACCAAGCAAUGGUAUACACAGCUGCAGUACCACGCCCAGGGCAUGGGGGCGUGGCGCAAGAGACGCAACGCUCUGGCCAACAUUAUGAUCAAUGGCAUGCUAACCCGCAGUUAGUUUAAAGCUUAAACAAAUACUUAAUCGUUUAAAUAGUUUUUGGCGUAGCGCAUUUUAGCGCAUAAUUUAUGCUCUCACUUUUUCAUAAACUAUGCAUAGAGCUAGUGUUUACAGUUAUAAUUAUUAAUUAUUAUAUACUUCUCUACUCUACGCGCGCACUACUUGUAUACAAAAUUAUAUAACA